UUGUGGAUGAGGACAGAGGUCCGCGCGAACACAAUCAGCCCAGACAACGAAUCAAUAAAAGGACUUUGAAGUUAGGUUGAUGUUCAAUUUGGGAUUAUUUCCCUCAACAUGAGGGUCCGUACUUGACUUUGGAUAUUGAACACAGGCUACCUGUUGCUAAAAGUUCAAUAUCCAUAUUCCAGAGUUUCGGCGAACAGAACGGGGCGCAAUUACGCACGGCGAGGACCAUGGCACCGAUUUUGGAUAGACGUACUCCCGCUUUGCUCUUGGUAUGGAGCUACUGCGUCCUGGCGGACACCGCCUUUACGAACUUUACUUUGGACAACGAGUUCCACUCCAGUUUCAUCCACCGUCGUUUGAAGAGCCAAGAGCGCAGAGAGAUGCAGCGGGAGAUCCUGUCGAUCCUGGGGCUGCCGCACCGGCCGCGACCCCACCUCCACGGAAAGCACAACGCUGCACCGAUGUUCAUGUUGGACUUGUACAACGCCAUGUCCACAGAGGGGGAUGAGGACAGAUACUCCUACCCCUACAAGCCCGUCUUCACCACCCAGGGGCCCCCGAUAGCCAGCCUGCAAGACAACAACUUCUUGAACGACGCAGACAUGGUCAUGAGCUUUGUCAAUUUAGUGGAGCACGAUAAGGAAUUCCUACCAGUGCGGCGGCAUCACAGAGAGUUCAGAUUUGACCUGUCACGGAUCCCAGAGGGCGAGGCGGUCACUGCUGCUGAGUUUCGGAUAUAUAAAGACUUCAUCCACGAACGUUAUGACAAUGAGACCUUUCGCAUCAGCGUCUACCAGGUGUUGGAGGAACACUCUGAUAGGGAGUCAGACCUGUUUCUACUGGACUCACGGGUGAUCUGGGCUGCAGAGGAGGGCUGGUUGGUGUUUGACGUGACAGCCACCAGUAACCACUGGGUCCUGAACCCUGGCAGGAACCUGGGUCUACAGCUGGCCCUGGAGAGCACAAAUGGAGAGAGCAUCAAUCCUCGUGUGGCAGGGCUGAUUGGUCGGAGUGGGCCUCAGAAUAAACAGCCCUUCAUGGUGGCCUUCUUCAAAGCCACUGAGGUGCACCUGCGAAGCAUCCGUUCAGCGACAGGGGGGACCAAACCACGUAACAACAAAGGCUCUAAAGGGGCAAAGAGCCAAGAGGCACUCAGAGUGGCCAAUGUUGCAGAAAACAGCAGUACUGAUCAGAAGCAGGCGUGUAAGAAGCAUGAGCUCUACGUCAGUUUCAGAGACUUGGGGUGGCAGGACUGGAUCAUAGCUCCAGAAGGAUAUGCGGCGUACUAUUGUGAGGGAGAGUGCGCCUUCCCGCUGAACUCCUACAUGAAUGCCACAAACCAUGCCAUUGUGCAAACCCUUGUUCAUUUUAUCAACCCUGAGACGGUUCCUAAGCCUUGUUGUGCCCCCACGCAGCUCCACGCUAUCUCAGUGCUCUACUUUGACGACAGCUCCAACGUCAUUCUCAAGAAGUACCGCAACAUGGUGGUCAGAGCUUGUGGCUGCCACUAAACUGUCGGCAUCUUCGCACAGAGACACACACACAUACGCACACACACAUCACUAGAGAGGGUUUUUCCUUGCUGUCAGGCACCAACUAAAAUUUUUUGAAUGGAUGACAUGAUAUAGUGCACGCACACGUAUUUUAUGAUCAUUCUGAGAGUUCCAGUGUGGAAGAAACUCUCGUUACGUUUUCAAGGUUGUCCUGAAGUAAACGCAAUGUUGAGUGGCUGAAUAGGAAUAUCGAUCAAAGUACACACACACACACACACACACACACACACACACACAUUCAUGUUUGUGCUUUCUACUGUGUAUAGGAGACAUUAAAAGCAGUGAUUGUACUGUAUAUUCAUUCACAGUCAACAAUCUUUAGUUUAUUUCAAUUAUUGUUAUUGUAGUUAAUUUUA